AUGGAUGUGUUGGGGUUCAGAAAAUUUACGAUUCUUCUCUGGAAGAAUUUUAUUUUAAAGAGGCGGCGAUUGAUUGCUUUAGUUGUGGAAGUUAUCCUAACCUUUAUAUUUGGUGCUACGCUUUUGGCAACACGCCACUUUAUGGUUAUAAAGAAGUUUGGACCUUACAACUAUGUGGCUCGCUCCAUAAACCGCGUGCCUUUAUACAUCAGUGCUCCUACCACCAUUCCUUAUCCUUGGGAAUUGGCUUAUGUGCCUUCCAAAAGUACUGUGGUACGGGAUAUCGUUGAAAAUGUGAAACAGGGUUUAAACUCCAAGAUGAAAGUUGUAGGCUUUUCCACAGAAGGGGAUUUUGAAGAUUAUGUUAAACAAAAGAAUAACUCUAAGAAAGUUCUGGCUGCUAUUGUUUUUAACCACCACUUCAAAAAUAGCGAUGAUCCCCUGCCACUUAAGGUAGACUAUUACCUGCGUUUUAGUAAUUAUCCUAAGAGCUCUGUGGUGGAGGAAGCUUUUGAAAAAGGAAACUGGCAGACAAGUUAUCUCUUUCCACCUGUCCCUUCGGUGGGACCCAGAAACUAUGAUUCAGAUGGGGGAAGUCCUGGGUACAUCUCUGAAGGAUUCCUGAUUGUGCAGCAUUUCUUAGAUGUGGCCAUCAUGCGCUACCACAACAGCAGUGCCACACAGUUGCUGUUUGAUAAUAUCAGCAUUUUUGUUCAGCGAUUUCCAUACCCAUCAUAUUUUCAUGAUUUCUUCUUUAUAUUUUCUGGUCUUUUCAUUCCUUUAGUAAUUGUAUCUAUCUUCUCUAUGAAUCAUCUUACCCUCAUUCAAUCCAUUGUGUCGGAAAAGGAAAGCCGACUGAAGGAGUACCAGCUCAUGAUAGGACUCAGUAAUUGGAUGCUCUGGGCUGCCUAUUUCUGUACAUUCCUCUUGCUGUAUUCUAUCAUCAUCAUUUUUAUAUGCAUAAUUUUCUUUGUCAAGAUUGAGCCUGCAUCAAUCAUCCAACACAGUGACCCAGCUGUGGUCUUCGUUUUUUUGCUGUUUUAUGCCAUUGCCACAAUAUGCUUCAGCUUUAUGGUCAGCACAUUCUUCAAUAAAAGCAACUUUGCUGUUGCUUUUGGAGGUUUGCUUUUUUUUGCCAUCUACUUUCCAGCUAGUGGCCUCCCUUUCUACUAUACACAGAUGACAUUCACCCAGAAGCUGACUGCCUGUCUCAGCUCAAAUUUCGCAAUGGCGCUGGGAGUUAAAUUUCUACUCGACUCGGAAGGAGAGCAAAUUGGACUUAGUUGGAGUAACCUGUUCUCAUCAACUAAACUGGAUGACUUCUUUUUUGGCUAUCUACUGGGAAUAUUUUUAUUUGAUGCCUUCUUGUAUUGCCUUGUGGCCUGCUAUGUAGAAGCUGUCUUUCCAGGAGACUAUGGUGUGCCCAAGCCAUGGAACUUUUUCUUCCUGCGCUCUUACUGGUUUGGGGACCCAAACGAGAAAAGAACUGAAACAGAACAAUUUUAUGAGACAACCCAAAGCAAGUAUUUUGAAGCUGAACCUACUGAUUUGGAAAUAGGUAUCCAGAUCCAACAUUUGCACAAGGCAUUCCAACAUCGCAAGACUACCAAAAUAGCUGUAAAGGACUUGUCUUUGAAUUUAUAUAAGGGACAGAUCACUGUUCUUCUAGGACAUAAUGGGGCAGGAAAAUCCACUACUCUGUCCAUUCUCUCAGGUCUCUAUCCCCCUACCAGUGGAAAGGCCUAUAUUAUUGGAAAGGACAUUUCAAAGCAGAUGGUCCAGAUUAGGAAAUCUUUGGGCAUAUGUCCCCAGCAGGACCUGUUGUUUAAUUACUUGACAGUAGCAGAACACCUGCAUUUCUAUUGUGUGAUAAAAGGAGUACGUGGAAAGAUAAGACCUAAGGAAAUUGACAACAUGCUGUCUGCUUUUAACCUGCUGGAAAAGCGUGAUGCAUUGUCAAAGGCACUGAGUGGAGGAAUGAAGCGCAAACUCUCCAUCAUUAUAUCUCUUAUAGGGGACUCCCAGGUAGUGAUACUUGACGAGCCAACAUCCGGCAUGGACCCGGCCUCAAGGAGGGUCACCUGGGAUCUCCUUCAGCAGUGCAAACAGGAUUGUGCCAUCUUACUGACCACCCACCACAUGGACGAAGCUGAUAUCCUGGGCGACCGCAUAGCCAUCAUGGUCAAGGGAUCCCUCAAGUGCUGUGGCUCUUCAAUUUUCCUGAAAAAAAUAUAUGGUGUGGGAUACCGUAUAGUCCUGGUGAAGGAACCUCACUGUGACGUUGAAGAAAUCUCAAGAUUGAUUCAUUAUUAUACACCAACAGCCACUUUGGAGAACAAUGUUGGAACUGAAUUAUCAUUUAUUGUACCGAAAGAGUAUAUAUACAGAUUUGAAGCUCUGUUUACUGCUCUGGAAGAAAGACAAGAAGAGUUGGGCAUUGCUAGCUUUGGUGCCUCUGUCACUACCAUGGAAGAAGUUUUCCUUAAGGUCGGCAAGAUGGAAGAUUCAAUCACAGAUACAGAAUCUAUGCAGCCUCCUAUCCAGAUGAGCAAAGUCUCUGUCAGGAACCAGAAUAUAAAUGUGUCAAGUAAUGUUGACAAAGCAGAUUCUCCCCCUCAAAAUGAAAGCCCUUCUGUUAGGUUUAAUGCUGGGUGUUCUCUCUACAACCAGCAGUUCUAUGCCAUGUUCCUAAAGAGGGUGAUGUUCAGUUGGCGCAACUGGAAACUGGUUUUGCUACAGAUACUGGGACUUUUAGGUUCCUCUGCCUUACUCUUGAGUUCUCGUGACUUCGCACAUGAAGAUCCUAUCAGGACGAUGGAUUUAAGUGAAUAUGGUCAAACCAUUGUGCCUGUUUCUGUUUCUGGACAUUCUAGUUUGCCUAUGUAUCUCUUUAAACAACUUGAGAGUAUUCUAAAGUUUAAGAACCAAAGAAUUAAGGACGUGAAAGGUGACUUACUGAGUUACCUGAGGAAAAAUGAAGAUUGUAUUCAUGUGUGUAUUAUCGCACUUUCCAUUGAAGAGAAAGAAAAUGAAACAAUACUUACUUUUCUGUUCAACAAUGAAGCAUACCAUUCACCAUCUCUGUCCCUGUCAGUGUUAGACAACGUUCUUUUCAGGUUACUUGCUGGCAAGGAGGCUUCCUUUACAGUCUCCAAUAAACCUCAACCAAUCCCUGAUGAGAGUGAAGACAAUGAGGAGAUUAUGAAUGGACAUGACGUGGCUUUAAAUUUACAGUUCGGCAUGGCUCUUUUGGUCAGCGGAUUUUGUCUCUUGACAGUGACUGAGAGAACCACUAAAGCAAAGAACAUUCAGUUUUUGAGUGGGGUCUCUGUCUUUGCAUACUGGCUUUCUGCUCUAUUGUGGGAUUUCAUCAUCUUCUUCAUUUCCUUCUUUUUACUAAUGGUGAUGUUAAAAUAUUACAAAUUUGAUAUUUAUGUCAUGAAUUACCACUUUCUGGAAACUAUGGUGAUCUUCACACUGUAUGCCUGGUCUGCGAUUCCUUUUGUGUACCUGAUGAGCUUCCUGUUUUCUAAAAGUACUUCUGCCUUCAUCCAGCUUCUCCUACUCAACUACUUUGCAGGCACCGUUGGUUACCUCAUGAGCAUCGCGUUAGAAAACAGUAAGUGUAAGGAUGUCAUAAGACUUCCCCUCCCCCAGAAGGCAGCAGAUAUAGUGUCCAAGGAGUUAUCUGGGCAAUCUGAAGAUAAAGAUGUACAAAAUGAAAGAGAGAGAAUCCUGGAGCUGCAACCUCAGGAGUUGCCGAAUUCCACAAUGCUUAUUAAGGAACUGAUAAAGAUCUAUUUUACCUAUCCAGUCAUUCUGGCUGUAAAAAACAUCUCCCUUGCAAUCCAAAAAGGGGAGUGCUUUGGAUUGCUUGGCUAUAAUGGAGCUGGAAAAACGACUACCUUCCACAUUUUGACUGGGGAGACGAGUGCUACUUCUGGGGAAGUGUUCAUUGAUGGCUUUAACAUCACCAAAAAUAUUGUAAAGGUGAGGCCAAGAAUUGGCUAUUGUCCUCAAUUUGAUGCCUUGCUGGAAUAUAUGACUGCUCGGGAAAUAAUGAUCAUGUAUGCCAGAGUAUGGGGAAUUUCUGAGCGCCAGAUUAAGCCAUAUGUGAAGAAAUGUUUGAACUCACUGGAACUGGAGUCUCAUGCUGACAAGCUUAUCAGCACCUACAGUGGAGGAAACAAACGUAGGCUCAGUACUGCUAUUGCCCUAAUGGGAAAGCCCUCAAUUAUCUUCCUGGAUGAGCCAUCAACUGGCAUGGACCCAGCAGCCCGACGCCUGCUCUGGAACACAGUGACACAAGCACGUGAAAGUGGAAAAGCCAUCAUUAUAACCUCCCACAGUAUGGAGGAAUGUGAUGCCCUCUGUACCCGUCUAGCCAUCAUGGUGCAGGGGAAGUUUAUGUGCUUGGGCAGCCCUCAGCAUCUCAAGAACAAGUUUGGCAAUAUUUACAUCCUGAAGGCCAAGGUCAAGACUGAGGAUAAGUUAGAGGAUUUUAAAACGUUUAUCACAACAAUAUUUCCAGGUAGUGUCUUAAAGCACGAGAAUCAAGGGAUCCUUAACUACUACAUUCCCAGGAAGGACAAUAGCUGGGGAAAGGUGUUUGGCAUUUUGGAGAAAGCUAAAGAGCAAUUUGAUUUAGAAGACUACUCCAUCAGUCAGAUAACACUGGAACAAGUCUUCCUGGCCUUUGCUUAUGCAGAUGAAACAGCAGAAGGUUAUGAAAAACAGGAGCCAUGA